CCCGCGCUCCCUCGGCGGCUCCCAGCGCUUUGCGCCCACCGCGACUGAGUGUAGCGGCGUCGGCCGGCCGUCCUCUUCCUCUUUUUCCUGCUUUAGGGCGCGCUCCGUACAGCGCUGAGAGCGCCCCUGAGCGCGGACAGUGACCGCGGUGAUUUCGUCAGCGUUGACAACUCUCUGCGACUGCCCGGGGACCAGCCAGCUCUAAUGGACUCUAGAAGUGAUGAUGUUAGGUGGAAUCUGCAGCACGUGAAGAGUUGCCAGUUGUUAUGGGAUUAAGAAAACAAAUCUGUAAUGGCUAAAGGGUUAUCUUAUGAUGAGGCUUUUGCUAUGGCUAAUGACCCCUUGGAAGGCUUCCAUGAAGUAAACCUUGCUUCACCUACUUCUCCAGACCUUGGUGUGUAUGAAUCAGGAAAUCAGGAGCAGACUACCUCACCAAGUGUCAUCUAUCGGCCACAUCCUUCAACUCUGUGCUCUGCCCCAAUUCAGGCUAAUGCCUUAGAUGUUUCCGACCUUCCCACGCAACCUGUGUAUUCAUCCCCCAGACGUUUAAACUGUGCAGAAGUAUCUAGUAUCAGCAUCCAUGUUACAGAUCCAGCGUCUUGUUCUACCUCUGGAGUCACAGCUGGGUUAACUAAAUUAACUACGAGAAAGGACAACUGUAAUGCAGAGAGGGAGUUUUUACAGGGUGCUACUAUAACGGAGGCUUGUGAUGGCAGCGAUGAUAUUUUUGGGUUGAGUACUGAUAGUCUGUCCCGUUUACGAAGCCCAUCUGUUUUGGAAGUCAGAGAAAAGGGCUAUGAAAGAUUAAAAGAAGAACUUGCAAAAGCUCAGAGGGAACUGAAGUUAAAAGAUGAAGAGUGUGAGAGGCUUUCUAAAGUACGAGAUCAACUUGGACAGGAAUUGGAGGAACUCACAGCUAGUCUGUUUGAGGAAGCUCAUAAGAUGGUGAGAGAAGCAAAUGUCAAGCAGGCAACAGCAGAAAAACAGCUAAAGGAAGCACAAGGAAAAAUCGAUGUCCUUCAAGCUGAAGUAGCCGCAUUGAAGACACUUGUCUUGUCCAGUUCUCCAACAUCACCUACGCAAGAGCCUCUGCCAGGUGGAAAGACACCUUUUAAAAGGGGGCAUACAAGAAAUAAGAGUACGAGCAGUGCUAUGAGUGGCAGUCAUCAGGACCUCAGUGUGAUACAGCCAAUUGUAAAAGACUGCAAAGAGGCUGACUUAUCUCUGUAUAAUGAAUUCAGAUCUUGGAAGGAUGAUCCCACAAUGGAUAGAUCGUGUCCUUUCUUAGACAAAAUUUAUCAGGAAGAUAUCUUUCCAUGUUUAACAUUCUCAAAAAGUGAGUUGGCUUCAGCUGUUUUGGAGGCUGUGGAAAACAAUACUCUAAGCAUUGAACCGGUGGGAUUGCAACCUGUUCGAUUUGUGAAAGCUUCUGCAGUCGAAUGUGGAGGACCAAAAAAAUGUGCUCUAACUGGCCAGAGUAAGUCUUGUAAACACAGAAUUAAAUUAGGGGACUCAAGCAACUAUUACUAUAUUUCUCCUUUUUGCAGAUACAGGAUCACCUCUGUAUGUAACUUUUUUACAUACAUUCGAUAUAUUCAGCAGGGGCUCGUGAAACAGCAGGAUGUUGAUCAGAUGUUUUGGGAAGUUAUGCAGUUGAGAAAAGAGAUGUCAUUGGCAAAGCUGGGCUAUUUCAAAGAGGAACUCUGAUGCUCUGCCUGGGACCAUGCAUGAACCUCCCUGAACACCUGGAAAAUGGCUGCAUAUUUUUAUGGUUACUUGAUAUUUAUUUCCAAGGAGUGGGCCCAAGACUUUUUCCCUCUUUUGCAGAUUACACUAAGAAGUACUGUGAUUUCUUUUAAAUUGACCUAUGCUGUGUCUGCUUACUCUUUAGUUGAACAUACUAUAAAGAAUUACAGGUGUACUAGUGAUUGUAAUUUAUAGUUGCAAAAAAAAGCUAAAUAAAUAAAAUACAUCAACGUUA